GGUCAAGUCAUCCUCAGGCAGGAGGCAACAGUGGAUGGCGUAGUUCUGCUGGUGAAUUCAUCCCAUCUGUCGGUGGUUAUAUUUCCUUCUGCUUAAAGUGCGAGACACAGGUGGUCAAGAAGGUACAGAGGUACCAAGAGCAGACUCAACGUCAGGAUGUUGACCGUCGUGUGCUUAGCCUUCAUGAUCAUCACCUCUACUGUAUUGGGUAACCCGUCAUGCAACCCUGGAAUGUCUGACAUGCUAAACGUACAUCUAAUCUGCCACACACAUGAUGAUGUUGGUUGGCUCAAGACCGUCGACCAGUAUUACUAUGGCUCCAAGAACAGCAUUCAGAGAGCGGGUGUGCAGUACGUGCUAGACUCAGUAAUACAAGCACUGAAGGAUGACCCUAAGAAGAAGUUCAUCUAUGUGGAGUCUGCAUUCUUCUUCAGAUGGUGGGACAACCAGUCAGAUGACAUGAAGACGCUAGUCAAGAGCCUAGUGUCCCAGGGACAGUUAGAAUUCAUCAAUGGUGGCUGGUGCAUGAAUGACGAGGCUGCUGCUCACUACAACGCCAUCAUUGACCAGAUGACCCAUGGUCUGGCUAAGUUGAAUAGCACCUUCGGGGAGGACGCGAGGCCAACAGUUGCAUGGCAAAUUGAUCCCUUUGGUCAUUCCCGUGAACAGGCAAGUUUGUUUGCCCAAAUGGGAUUUAAUGGGUUGUUCUUCGGUCGCCUUGACCAUGAUGACAAGAGCACAAGAUGGGCCAACAAGACGAUGGAAAUGGUGUGGCAGGGAAGCCAAAACUUAGGUGAGUCAGCCUGGAUUUUCACCGGUGUCUUGCCCAAUGGCUACAGUCCUCCCAGUGGCUUCUGUUUUGACAUACUCUGCAAUGAUGACCCCAUCAUGGACGACCCGCGACUCCAUGAUUAUAAUGUUGAUGAAAAGGUGGAAGGUUUCUUGAAGGCAGCUGAGAGCCAGGCUCAAGGCUACACCACCAACCACACUAUUAUGACCAUGGGUGAUGACUUCAACUACCAGAGUGCUGACAUGUGGUACAAGAACAUUGAUAAACUCAUCAGGUAUGUGAAUGAAGGACAGAAAAAUGGAUCAAAAGUCCAUGUGUUUUAGUGUACUCCGUCGUGCUACCUGGAGUCUCUCUACGCUGCUAAUUUAACCUGGCCCACCAAAACUGAUGACUUCUUCCCCUACGCCUCUGGUAACCACUCCUACUGGACUGGCUACUUUACCUCCAGACCAUCACUUAAAGGCUAUGUCAGGCAGACUAACAACUUCUUGCAGGGCGUGAAGCAAGUAUCAGCACUGCUGGGGCUGGGUCAGGACCCCAGGCUGCUGACGCUGAAGGAAGCGAUGGCAGUGGUACAGCACCAUGAUGCUGUGUCAGGAACAGCCAAGCAACACGUCACUGAUGACUAUUCUCAAAGACUGGCACGUGUCUCGCAGGCCUUUGAGAUGGUAGCAGAAGCCUACUCGAAAUUACAGCCUGAUGCGUCGGAGAUGACAGAAUCUCUAGAACCGGUCUUCUGUGCCCUUCUGAACGUAUCUUCGUGUCAAGUGUCCGAGACUUCGAAAACCUUCGUUGUGACUCUGUACAACCCGCUGGCCAGGCCACGACAGUACUUCGCAAGAAUACCUGUUCCAGAUAAUGUUGGAUAUAAGGUCACAGAUUAUAUGGGUAACGCAGUCGAGGCCCAGCUUGUACCCUUGCCAGAGGCUCUAAUCGCUCUCCCAGGACGCAACUCGACGGCCAAAUACGAUUUAGUUUUCAUAGCAGAGAACAUACCACCGCUAGGCUUCCUGCAGUUCCAUGUACAGAGCACAGGCAACAUCCGCAUCCACAAGCAACAGAGGUCUACCAUCCACGCACUACACCAUACAAAAGACAUACAUAUUAUCAACGAGAAUCUGGCAGUAGGCCUAGACGACACAACAGGUCUUCUCAAAUCCAUUGGCGUAGUUACCCCGGAAGGCAUGAAAGAAAUUAAGGUUCACCAGACAUUCUUGUGGUACGCUGGUAUGAGUGGCGACAACAGCCAGGAGGAGAAGAGAGCCUCUGGUGCCUAUAUUUUCCGUCCCAAUGGCACCUUUGCUCACCCCGUCUCAACAUUCACCAACACCUCUGUCAUACAAGGAUCACUAGUGACUGAGAUACACCAGGUAUGGUCACCAUGGGUGAGUCAGGUCACCAGGCUCUACACUGGACAGCUUCACGUACAGAUGGAGUGGCUGGUCGGACCUAUACCUAUUGAAGACGGAGUCGGGAAGGAAGUGGUGAGUCGUGUGGUGUGGGAAGAUACUCCUACCAAUGGUACCUUCUAUACUGACUCCAAUGGUCGAGAAAUAUUGAAACGUGUCAGGGACUUCCGGUCAACCUGGCAGUUGAAGAACCUGGAACCUGUGGCAGGCAAUUAUUAUCCUGUCAACUCCAGACUCAUGAUCAAGGCCGCACCAGACUUCCAGGCGGCCCUACUCACUGACCGCUCACAGGUGAGUCACUUAAUGCUUGUAGGUAAGUCAGGUGACUGCUGUAGGUGAGUCAGGUGACUGCUG